AUGGGAGCUGUUGAUGAGAUGCUGCCCGCUGCGUUUAUUGAUUGUCUUCAGAUCGGUAUAGCGCUGCUGGGCAUUAUCAUUGAGGUAACCACCGCGAACGUGUGGCUGCUGAUACCCACGGUGCUAAUUGGUAUUAUCUUUUAUUACAUGAGAAUCCACUAUCUGGCCACCAGACGUAGCGUCAAGCGUCUUGAAGGCAUCAGAAGGCAAGCGCCGCUGGAGCCGCCGGUACUUAAGAAUCUUAACUUCGUUAUCUUUCCGCGGGAGAAAAUUGGCAUCGUUGGUAGAACCGGCGCUGGCAAGUCAUCCAUAAUCCAGGCACUCUUCCGCCUGUCCGACAUGGACGGUCUGAUUGAGAUCGAUGAAGUCGACACAAGCCAGAUUGGCUUGCACGAUUUGCGCUCCAAGAUCAGUAUUAUCCCUCAAGAACCGUUCCUGUUCUCUGGCAGCCUGAGAUGGAACCUCGAUCCGUUAGACUCGUAUAUGGACGAACCACUAUGGCAGGCUCUUGAGGAGGUCGAGUUGAAGGAGAUGGGCUUGGAAGCCCAUAUCAAUGAGGGCGGCUCCAAUCUCAGCGUCGGCCAACGGCAAUUGGUCUGCUUGGCGCGAGCUAUUGUGAGGAACAAUCCAAUACUCGUGCUGGACAAGGCAACCGCGAAUGUGGACCCGCGAUCAGACGAACUCAUCCAGACAACUAUCAGGAAAAAAUUCGAGAAGUGUACAGUGCUAACAAUUGCUCAUCGACUCAACACCGUUAUGGACGUCGGAAACGUGGUGGUGACGACCCUGGUGAUGGACGCCGGAAACGUGGUGGAAUUCGAUCAUCCUCACAUACUACUGCAAAAAGAUAUGGGCUACCUGAAGAGCAUGGUGCAGGAAACCGGCAAGGCGAUGGCGGAGGUUUUGUCUUCCGUCGCCCAUAACUGCUAUCAGAAUC